GUGUUUGUUCUAACCCUUUUUAUAUCACCAACAUCCAAAAAUCUAAUUCAUGGCUAGUCGUUGAUGUUCUUCAGAUUUGGGGCCUAUUUCCCGAGUUCCCACUCCCGAUCAAUCUCUCUUUCCCCCACAAAGCUCAGAUCCUUCUUGAUGCUUCUGCCUAAUUCAAAAUACUCCUUCUGCACAUACUCGGAGGUAUGUGAAGAGGUGGUCUACAUAACUUACGAUGGAGUCUUGUUACUGCAUUGAGCCACAAUUUCCAGCUGAUGAACUAUUGAUGAACUACCAAUAUAUUUCAGAUUUCUUUAUUGCCCUUGCUUACUUUUCCAUCCCUCUGGAGCUCAUCUACUUUGUAAAGAAAUCUGCUGUUUUCCCAUAUAGAUGGGUGCUUGUGCAGUUUGGUGCUUUCAUUGUUCUAUGUGGUGCAACACAUCUCAUUAACUUAUGGACCUUUAAUGCACAUACGAGAACUGUUGCAAUUGUCAUGACCACUGCAAAGGCUUUGACUGCCCUGGUUUCAUGUGUAACAGCUCUUAUGCUAGUGCACAUAAUUCCUGAUUUAUUGAGUGUUAAAACCAGAGAAUUAUUUCUGAAAAACAAGGCUGCAGAACUUGAUCGAGAAAUGGGCCUAAUUCGCACACAAGAAGAAACAGGCCGGCAUGUUAGAAUGCUUACUCACGAGAUCAGAAGCACUCUUGAUAGGCACACUAUAUUGAGAACUACUCUUGUUGAGUUGGGUAGAACAUUGGCAUUGGAAGAAUGUGCCUUGUGGAUGCCAACACGUACAGGACUAGAGCUUCAGCUUUCCUACACUCUUCGUCAUCAGAGUCCCGUGGAAUUCACUGUACCCACUCAUCUUCCUGUAAUCAACAAAGUUUUCAGUACCAACCAUGCCGUGAAAAUAUCCCCAAAUUCUCCAGUGGCCAGAUUGCGGCCACUAGCAGGCAAAUAUAUGCCUGGAGAGGUUGUUGCUGUGCGUGUACCACUUUUACAUCUCUCUAAUUUUCAAAUCAAUGACUGGCCAGAGCUCCCUUCAAAGUGUUAUGCUCUGAUGGUAUUGAUGCUUCCCUCCAAUAGUGCAAGGCAAUGGCACGCCCAUGAGUUGGAGCUUGUUGAAGUAGUUGCCGAUCAGGUAGCAGUUGCUCUAUCACAUGCUGCAAUCUUAGAAGAGUCAAUGAAGGCUCGAGAUCUUCUCAUAGUGCAAAAUGUUGAUCUUGAUCGGGCAAGGAGAGAAGCGGAAACUGCUAUUCGUGCACGGAAUGAUUUCUUGGCUGUUAUGAACCAUGAGAUGCGGACACCCAUGCAUGCCAUUAUUGCACUUUCUUCAUUGCUACAGGAAACUAUUCUGACGCCUGAGCAACGUCUUAUGGUUGAAACAAUCUUGAAAAGCAGUAACCUUUUAGCUACACUUAUAAAUGAUGUGUUAGAUCUUUCAAGGCUUGAGGAUGGCAGCUUUCAACUAGACAGACGAACUUUUAAGCUUCAUGCUCUCUUUAGGGAGGUACUUAAUUUGAUCAAACCUAUUGUGUCUGUCAAGAAAUUGUCCAUCUCAUUAAAUUUGGAACCAGAUUUGCCAGAGUAUGCUGUUGGUGAUGAUAAAAGGCUUAUGCAAAUUAUUUUAAAUAUUGUCGGCAAUGCUGUGAAGUUCUCAAAGGAGGGCAGCAUCUCAAUUAUGGCUUUCAUUGCGAAGCUAUAUUCUUUACAAGAUCCUCGAGCUCCAGACUUCUUUCCUGUGCCAAGUGAUGGCCACUUUUAUUUGCAUGUACAGGUAAGAGAUUCAGGAUCAGGGAUAAACCCCCUGGAUCUUCCCAAGUUGUUCACCAAGUUUAGAAACUGUCAAUCACCAGAAGCUAGAAAUUCUGGUGGUUGUGGACUCGGGCUUGCAAUUUGCAAGAGGUUCGUAAAUCUUAUGGAGGGGCAUAUUUGGAUUGAAAGUGAAGGUCUAGGCAAGGGAUGUACUGCUAAUUUUAUUGUGAAACUAGGGAUCCCAGAGCAGCCAAAUGACUCUAGGCUCCCUCUUGUACCAAAGGUGCCAGCAAAUCAUGGACCAUCAAGUUUUCCUGGACUCAAAGUUCUCAUCGUGGAUGAUAAUGGGGUGAGUAGGAUGGUGACGAAGGGACUUCUUCUUCACCUUAGAUGCAAUGUAACCGCCGUCAGCACGGGUGAUGAAUGUUUACGUGCUAUCUCUAAUGAACACAAGGUGGUGUUUAUGGACGUGCCCUUGCCUGGUUUAGAUGGCUAUGAAGUUGCUCUUCGGAUACGUGAAAGAUUUACAAAACGUCAUGAAAGGCCAUUAGUGGUAGCACUCACAGGAAACACUGACAGGGUAACAAAGGAGAAUUGCAUGAGGGUUGGCAUGGAUGGAGUCGUACUGAAACCGGUUUCGGUUGAUAAAAUGAGGGUGGUUCUAUCAGAGCUCUUAGAACAUGGUGUUCUAUUUGAAUACCAGUAGGUAUUAGGUAAAGAAUUGCUCAAGCCUGAACGGAAAUCAACUUCUAACUAACUUAUGGGCAGUUGUGAAGCUUCUUGUACAUAAACAGGGCAUUGCAGCAAUGUUGUGGUGUUGGCUGAUUUGUGAACAUAUUAUCUUUCUUGUACAAACUUCUACUGCAACUCAAGAUAUACAACAGAUGUUAACAAAACACUCCUCCAAAUCCAACUCUGAACUGUCUCAUGGUAACCUCGUUACGUUGCUUUUCAUAUUGUUUUCUUGUAGCUUGAAUUAUUUGAUUCAUUGCUUAGUUC